UCCCUUUGCGACCUGCUCCGGUUCGUAGCGUGAGAAACGCGCGCGGACUCUCGCGCUGCGUUCCAUGAGAGUAACUCGGCUACUCCAGAUCCGUUUGAGAAGUGUAGAAAUCGUGUGAGAGGAAUAACUUAAUCGUGUCCUCCUAUUCAUCCUCUCAUCUUUUCCUCCAUUUCGUUAUCGUCGUGAUCGGUUCGUUCACCGAGUGACUUUCUGUCUCUCUCUCUCUCUCUCUCUCUCCCCCUUUCUCUCUUCCUCUCUCUCUCUUUCUCUGUCUUUCUCUCUCUCUCUCUCUCUUUCUCUUUAUCUAUCUCUCUCGAGGUUAUGUCUACCUUUUACCCAAAGAGUACUCAACAUCACAGUAGUAGUAAUAGUAAUAGUAAUCGUAGUAAUACUACCAACGUGUAUCCUUGUGCUACCGGGAGUGCCGGCAAAGAAGACAUAAAGUGUUCCAGUCUUCUUUCAUAUUAAGGAACAUAGAUCUAAGAAAAUUAACGUAGAAUUAUUAUACGGAGGGAAAAGUGGAGGAGACAUCGUGCAGAAGAGAACGACAUGUCCGCGAUGUCGCGGGGUCCGCCCCGCGCUCGCGGACCCACGCGGCGUAUCAAGAGGACGACGCCUCUUCCUGGAGGACUCGCCAAUAAUAUUAUCAACCAGAUUUCAUUCGUACUUCUGGUUAUCCUGCUUACUAUACUCGCGCCCUCCGUCGUUGCUGAGAAAAGCAAAGAAUAUCAGAUAAGCGAUAUUUGUAAAAGGAAUUUCAUGCAGGAUCUCUAUAGGAAAAUAGAUGGUGCAGUUUUAACGUCUAAACAUGAAAGAGAUCUCGAUUGUGCCAUCACAUUUCAAACGCACAGCAUCCUACAACGUUUCAUGCUACGAUUCGAUCAACUUCAAUUGGAUUGUAACGAUCAUCUUUACAUCUACGAUGGUGCACAUGCGGUUGGCAGUUACAAGGCUGACCUGUCCUGCAGAAACACGAAGCACAGCGUUGGUGCGAUUUAUACGCGUACGAACUUCGUGACGUUGAAAUACGUCACCGACGCCUGGGGCACCAACAUGAAUGGCUUCCGGCUCGUCAUCACUGCCGUCAAGGAUCCCAAACACACCUGCAAGGAUUUUCGCUGCACUCAAAAUGAAUUCUGCAUCGAAACGGAUCUACUUUGUGACGGUGUGAAUCAUUGUGGCGAUGGUUCCGACGAAACACCCUCCACUCUCUGUGCCAACUCCGAGGCAUCGAUGAUCCUGGGUAUGCAGACGACCUGGUUCGCGGUUGCCUUCGUUUUCCUGCUCCUGAGUAUGGUCGGUCUGGUUACGGCAGCAGUUCUCUGCUUUUGUAGACAGCGAGCCUCGACCCCGAGGCACCCCCAUAAUGCGCACAAUGCUCAGACUCAUCCCCCUGUCAGCUUCCCAUGGAUUCGAAGCUCGUGGAGGUGCGCUCGAUACGUGCUUAUCCAUCGUGAGGUUUCCCUCGGCAACGAGCAGCACGUUUCGCAGCGGACAGUUUCGUCGCGAAGCUUGAACGACGACGUCCUAGUGAAGGAGAAUAAGAGAGACGAACCGAAGAGGAGAAGGAGUAGGAGUAGGAGGAGUAGGAGGAGGAGGAGAAGAAGGAGGAGAAGGAGUAGGACCAUUUACAGAGGUGGAUACACCGGAGUCUUCUUCUCCAAUCUGAUGAAAGGACUACGAAGGCCAAUGAGAUCGUCGAAGAUGUCACAAGAGAAUACUAGAUUUAAUCUUAGCGAGUUAAUGCUCGCCAGUUUCCUCUUAUUCGUUGUCUUAAAGUAUCCAACGAUCGGAGCUAUUGAGGUUAAUAAUAUCGUGAUUGGCAACGUUGACAAUGACAUUAGCAAGGAUUAUUUUAUUGGUCCGUGUUUGGUUAAUACCAAUCAAACUUGUCCCGACGAGGAGGUAACAUUUUUUUUAUAUACUCGUGAUAAUCCAUUUAAGGGACAGAGAAUAAUUGUCACAGAUACGGAUUCUAAUCUUGACGUAACCAAUUUCAAUUCGUCUAAUCCAACGAAGAUAAUAGUUCAUGGUUACAAUUCCGAUAUGCUAAUGAGCAGUCUGGUUGAAGUCAAGGAUGAAUAUCUCAAGAAUGGAGAAUAUAAUUUGAUCGCAAUUGAUUGGCAUAGAUUAGCCGUUGGACCCUGUUAUCCAAUUGCCGUUUACAACGUACCUCAUGUCGGUCAGUGUUUAGCACAAUUGAUAAGGAGACUUGAAUUUCACGGUGCUAAGGAUCUACAUGUCAUUGGAUUCAGUUUGGGAGCACACGUGCCGGCAUUUUCCGCUAAUUAUCUUAAACCGUAUAAAUUGGAGAGAAUAACUGGAUUAGAUCCGGCCAUGCCAUUAUUCGUUGCUGUUGAUAAUGACGAAAAGCUCGAUUCUGACGAUGCCAAUUUCGUUGACGUUUAUCAUACCAACGCCUUUAUACAAGGAAAACUCGAACCAAGCGGUCAUAUAGAUUUUUAUAUGAAUGGUGGUAUUAAUCAACCAGGAUGUUGGGAAAAUAAAAAUCCAUUUGGAUGUAAUCAUCAUCGAUCCGCCGAAUAUUUCGCCGAAUCUAUUAAUUCCGAAAUAGGUUUUUGGGGAUGGCCCUGUUCUGGCUUUUUGCAAUAUUUAUUGGGUUUAUGCCCGCCAAGAUAUCCAGCCGUUUUAGCUGGCGACAAAGUUGAUAGAAAAUACAAAGGAUAUCAUCUGGUUAAAACUAAAUCACAAAGCCCUUAUGCCGAAGGAAUGUUUAUAGUUAAUCCCAAAGACGUCCCAUACAUGGUUAAUCGAAAAUCAUUAACAUAAGUAUUAUUAUUAUUAUUAUUAUUAUUAUUA